GCCCUCGCCUGCACACGCAAUGGCCUCCGUUCACGACGAGCGAAGCUGGUCGAACAAGCCUGGCUCUUCGCUCUUUGUUGUGAUGCAACGCCGCUCGUUAGCUCCAUCACUGGAGCAAGCACCUCUCACCCGCGAGCGGGUCAUACUCCCGGCGUCGCCUUGCGAAUGGCUAAGAAGCGUAACCGCGCAACACAUCCGGAGUUGCAGCACGGCGGCGGCCAACGCUUCUUCGUCAUUGCUGCGGAGGUUUUUGCUCGCCUCGAGCGCUGGCUGGCAGUGCCUGGAAAAAAUGUGUUCGUCAUGCAAACGGACCAAUGCUGUCAGGGCAUCGGCCGUGGCGACACAGCAGGCAUAGCUGGUCUAGAGGAUCAUGAAUUUGCACGGGAUACUGCGAAAAGGCAUUUCGAUGCGGUGAGUGCCGGCUGCAAGUGGGAACAGGGACACGGAGCUGGGCACACCGAGCGGUCGGAAGGAGGUGCUCAAGGCAGAGGCAGCAGUGCUCAGCAUCACGGGCUCCUGCGGAGGCGUGGACGUGGAGCUGAAUGA